AUGGCAACUAGCAAACCAAGUGGCUCAAAAAAAAUUCACGCAACAUCUGGGAUCUCUACGCGUGCAACUGAUAUUCGACGUAUGAACAUGCAGAGAAUGCAAAAUGUCCUCCUGAUCUGGUUGGACGGCAAUAUUAAUGAGAAUAAUGCCGAUUGUAGUAAUACAAUCAAACAAUUGAAACGUGUAGUUAACAACAUAAACACGUUUACAAAUGGUGAAGAAUGUGUGGAAUUUAUUCAAACAAUUAACAACAACAAAGUAUGUAUGAUUGUUUCUGGUUCAAUGGGAAAAUAUAUUGUGCCUCAUGUGCAUGAUAUGUCUCAAGUAGAUACCAUUUUUAUCUUUUGUAACAAUCAAGAAUGGCAUAAACAAUGGGCCAAAGAAUGGCCCAAAAUAAAAGGAGUCUUCACAGAUAUAACAUCAAUCUGUGAAGCUCUUAAACAAACUUCUAAACAAUGUGAGCAAAAUGCCAUUUCGAUUAGUUUUGUGGCAUCGAACAAGAAAUUGGAUCAAUUAGAUCCAUCCUUCAUGUAUUCUCAGAUCUUGAAAGAGAUCUUAUUAACCAUCAACUUCGAAGACAAACAUUUCAAAGAAUUUAUUACUUACUGUCGUGAUGUAUAUGAAGAUGAUGAAAACGAAUUAAAAAAUGUUAAUCAAUUACAAACAACAUACAAAAACAACAUACCCAUAUGGUGGUAUACAUGGGAUGCAUUUUUAUAUCGUAUGCUCAAUCAAGCAUUAAGACAAAUGGAUGUUGAUAUGAUUAUUCGAAUGGGUUUCUUUAUUAAGGAUCUACAUCGAGAUAUUCAACGACUACAUUCGGAGCAAUUUGAUGGCCAUCAAUCAGGUACAACACUUACAGUUUACCGUGGACAAGGUCUUUCAAAAGAAGAUUUCGCCGAAAUGACAAAAACUAAAGGUGGACUUCUUUCAUUCAACAACUUUUUAUCAACUAGUAAAAAUCGUGAUGUUUCUCUUAACUUUGCACAACAAGCUGCUACGAAUCCUGAUCUUGUUGGAAUUCUAUUUGUUAUGUCAAUUAAUCCUACGAAUUCAACAACUCCAUUUGCAUCUGUUACAGAUGUUAGUUAUUUUCAUACAGAAGAUGAAGUUCUCUUUUCUAUGCAUACCAUUUUUCGUAUUGGAGAUAUUAAACCAAUGGGUAGAAAUAACCAUCUCUAUAAAGUGAAUUUAACAUUGACCAAUAACAAUGAUCAAGACCUUCGAACUCUUACUGAUCGUAUACGAGAGGAGACCUUUCCAGAUGUUGAAGGAUGGUACAGAUUAGGUGAAUUGCUAAUUAAAAUGGGCCAGUCUAACAAGGCUCAAGAAGUUUAUGAAGUUUUACUUCGUCAAACAACGGAUGAAAGUGAUAAGGCACCUAUUUAUCAUCAACUAGGUUAUAUCAAAUAUGAUCAAGGAGAAUAUCCAGAAGCACUUACAUAUUAUGAAAAAUCACUUACUAUCUAUCAGAAAACACUUCCUUCUAAUCAUCUUAAUUUGGGUAAUUCCUAUAACAACAUCGGUAUGGUGUAUGACAACAUGGGUGAUUAUCCAAAAGCGCUUUCUUAUUAUGAAAAAGAUCUCACAAUUUCACAACAAUCACUUCCUUCCAAUCAUCCUGAUUUGGCUAUGUCAUAUAACAACAUCGGUAAUGUGUAUAAGAACAUGGGUGAUUAUCCAAAAGCACUUUCAUCUCAUGAAAAAGCCCUUGCAAUUCGACAACAAUCACUUCCUUCCAAUCAUCCUGAUUUGGGUGCUUCCUAUAACAACAUCGGUUUGGUAUAUCAGAACAUGGGUGAUUAUCCAAAAGCACUUUCUUAUUAUGAAAAAGAUCUUGCAAUUCUACAACAAUCGCUUUCUUCCAAUCAUCCUGAUUUGGGUGCUUCCUAUAACAACAUCGGUUUGGUGUAUGACGGGAUGGGCGAUUAUCCAAAAGCACUUACAUAUUAUGAAAAAGCCCUUGCAAUCAAACAACAAUCACUUCCUAUCAAUCAUCCUAGUUUGGGUAAUUCCUAUAACAACAUCGGUAGCGUGUAUUACAACAUGGGUGAUUAUCCAAAAGCACUUUCUUAUUUUGAGAAAGAUCUUGCAAUUGGACAACAAUCACUUCCUUCCAAUCAUCCUAGUUUGGGUGAUUCCUAUAACAACAUCGGUAGCGUGUAUGAGGAUAUGGGAAACUAUUCAAAAGCUCAUUCAUUUUAUGAACGUGCUGUACAAAUUGGACAACAAUCAUUACCAUCAAAUCAUCCAACACUUCAACAAUGGAUCAAUAACCUCGAACGCUUAAAAAAGAAAUUAUAA